AUGGUCACUGUUCCAAUCUCCCUCUAUAGAUUCCUUCACUGCAGUGACGAGGAUUCUCCAAAUCCAGCCAUAAACUAUGAGGUAUUUAACACGCACUCACCUUGCUUACAUGCACACUGUCUUUUCCACAACACACACACAUACACACCUUUUCUUCCAAUUGUUUAAUAGUGUUGGGUUAUACCCCUGAGGUCAGCUGGUCCUGAGGAAGUGGAGUGAGCUGCUACCUGGCGGGGAGUUCAGGUGUUUCAUCAAAGAGAACAAGCUGAUCGGUAAGUACUGUAUGAAGAGGUUAACACACCAUUCACCUUUACUCUCACCCUCCCUCAGUGACAUAUUCAGAGAGCCUGUAUUCACUUGCACUGUUCCCAAGACAGUGUGGCAACCGUUAGGGCUGUUGUGUGGACUGAAGAUCUGUUCUGAGAGCUGUGUGUGUGUGUUCUUUAGGUAUCUCCCAGAGAGACUAUACCCAGUACUACCACCACAUCUCUAAGCAGGAGGCCCAGAUCUGCCACUCCAUCCAGGAGUUCUUCAGCCAACACGUCCAGUAUCAGUUCCUGGAUGAGGACUGUGAGUGGGAUUCAGUGUGUGUGUGUGAUAAUUAGAAUAUAUUGUAAUAAGAGUAAUGCAAAAAUGUUUUCUGUUUUACAGUUGUGUUGGAUGUCUACAGAGAUAGCUGGGUAAGUCUUUUGUCAUUUAUAUUUCCAGCCAUUAUUUCCUGCCUCUGUUUGGUUGUAGCCCAGGCUUUUCUACGAGUAUGUGCAUUUUUGACCCUGUGUGUGUUUGACAGGGGAAGGUGUGGCUGAUCGAUCUCAACCCCUUUGGUGAGGUGACAGAUUCACUGCUGUUCACGUGGGAGGAGCUUACCUCCGGGAACAGCCUGUCAGCCAGUCAAGAGGAGGGUGACACAGCCCAGCAGGUCAGUGACAAAUAUGCUUUGGUGUACAUACAUGUUUAUGUGGGCAAGUCUUUCUGUGCUUAUUAUCCUGUUAACACUGGUUUGUGGUGUGUCUGUAUCUGUAGGAAGGCCCUGUGUUCCGCUACACCACCAGUGAUGUGACGGUGCAGCCCAGUCCCUGUCUGAGCUACCGGAUCCCUAGGGACUUUGUGGACCUCUCCACCGGCGAGGACGCAUACAAACUCAUCGACUUCCUCAAACUGGUGCGAACAAUGGCAGUGCUGGUUCACACGAUUUAAGAUAAUCUUAAAACAACCCUCUGGCAAUCUCCAUGACCCUCUUAAAAUUUCAUUUUCCGUCAUCAGUUUUUAUAAUCUCACCCUUUCCCUCUUUUCUCUGCAGAAGAAACGCCAGCAAGAGGACUCUGAGGAAGAGGUACGACAGUGACACACCCAGCCCCUGAGGAGCAGGGUCUCUAUACAGUGACUGUUAGCCUAGCAUAACAAUAACCCUAAAACUGUUAAGCUAGUGUUAGCGGUUAGCACAGAGACUACUGUACGCAUGGAGGUUUGUCCUUAUUAGCUCUUGAGUCUUCUGAUGGAAUCCAUACACUUUUGGUCAUCACCUUAGACCUAUCCAGAAUGCUGCAGAUAGAAAUGUAUUGAAUAGGACUAACACAAAUAAACCAUAAUGAGGAGAAAAGCAUCAUGACCGCUCUAUGCAGUACAUUUCUACCUGCUACACUGUAAAAUUCCCAUUGAAUCUCAUGGUUGUGUGUAUUUAAGAGGGGAGUUCUAAGCAGUGCUCCUGUUCUAUUGGCCCGGUGUGUCUAAUGUAAGUAUAAAUACUGUAACUUAAUGUUGUGUAAAGGUAAGGAGGAGUCUGUUACAGCAGUCUGUGUAUAGGAAUAAAGAAUGCUCAACUUUAUAAUACAGCGCUGGGGAAGAGACGAAUCAUGGUUUGUGUGUAUAGCAGGUACAUCAUGGGAUUGCAAUUUCUGAGGGAGAUACCCAAAGGGUGAGAGUUUUCUGACUUAGUCCACUGGACUUUCUCUCUUCACACACACCAAAUACAAACUUUUCAAUUUGCUUUCUAAUGGUUUAGUUAGACACAUCAGUAUGUAAUAGCAAUACAAAGGUUUACCCAUGAAGUCUCUGUGCAACAGUAUUUCAAACAUUCCAGUUCCUUACUUACUCUCUCUGGUCAUUAUAGUUCUAUCUAUGUUAUUGUGGAAUUCGUUUUGAUUCUUGUCAUUGGUUUAUUUUCUAUGUGCUGGCAAAGAGGCGUUCUGAUUGGGUAAUAAAUUGCUGGUGUGUGCA